AUGAUGGGUCGAAUUAUAAUAGACAUAAAAGCCAUAGCAGGAUUCGCCCGAAUAGCUGCAGGUGACGUGUUUGAAGUGACCGUGCGACAUGGCAACCAGAAAUGGCGCACCAAGGGAAGAACGCAGUCAGAUCGCACGCAACGUUGGGAGAGAUCGCAAGCAAUUCUGCAGUGUCAUCCUGAAGCCGCGUUUGAGGUUAAGGUUGCGGAGGUACACAUGUUCAAAAGCAAGCUCUUGUCAGAACGAUCUUUCGAGCUCUGUGAUCUGUUCUCCUCGGAGCCUCAACUUGUAACUAUGAACCUGAAUCAAAUAGGCACCAUGAAAUUGCAGUUAGUUGUGACGUGGAUCCCUCUUCUCGCAUCACAUUCGUCACUGAAAGCUCCGUUGGCGCCAGACGUAUCCUGUGACUUGAACUCAGAAACAAUUGAGAGGAAACCUCGUAUUAUGUUGAGGGAAAAGAAGCGUGGAUCGGCAGCAAGGGUCGCGCUGAAGGGGCAGUGGCGCUCAUCUACGACCUUGCUUGACAGUAUCUACCAAGAUGUCAGCAAAACAAUUCCAUCUGUGGACGCGGAAUUGCAUGAAAAGAAUGGAUCGUUGAAGCAUGGAACAAAAGAGAAAAUCACAAUUCCGACCCUGAUCGCCUCUUUGCUGAAUUUUGAAUUGCUGGUUGCCCACGUAACUUGA